AUGGGUCGGAUCUUUCUGUGCUUUGGUCUUUCGGCAUUCGGCUUCGCCGCUGCCUCCAACCAGUACACGCUUGUUGAGUCUUACGACAACACCAAUUUUUUUGACAAGUUCAAUUUUAUUGAAAGCAACUACUCGACCGGCAACUAUAAUGAUGUCGACCCAACACAGGGCUACAUCAAUUAUCGUAAUCGGGCAGAUGCUGCGAAACUGGGACUCAUCGCGACGCAAGGGACGGAAAUGUUUCUUGGCGUCAACCACAGAGACAUAAUGGAUCCAAAAGGCAAGGGUCGCGACAGUGUUCGACUCGAAAGCAAGCAACUCUACAACUAUGGGCUCUUUAUCUCCGAGUUCACACAUAUGCCAAAAGUCGGCUGUGGAGUCUGGCCUGCUUUUUGGACAUUUGGUGACCCGUGGCCCAUCAAGGGUGAAAUGGAUAUCUACGAGAACUGGAAUCUGGCAGAAUACAACUGGAUGACUCUUCACACCGGCAAUUCAUCGACAGUCGGAAACUGUACCAUCAGUCAAAAAAAUAUGGCCAAUCCUGUUAUUGCGACAAAUUGCGACGUUACUUUCCAGGACGCGAACCAGGGCGAGAACCAGGCAUGCAGCACACAGGAGUCACGAGGACAAUGGGGCUCUAAGUCUGGAGGUGUUUAUGCGAUGGAGUGGACCAGCGCGCAUGUAAAGCUCUGGAGCUGGGGUCGAAACAGCACCCCCACUGAUGUCAAGCGUCGGCAGCCAAAUCCUGACUUGUGGGGGAAGUCUCAUUUUUUUGCUGGCGGUCCCUCUUGCAACAUCGACAAUCACUUUCUUGACCAGAAAAUUGUGCUUAACAUUGACUUUUGCGGUGUGGCCGCGGGGAAUCCCACGCUUUGGGGCCAGCAGUGCCGAAACGCAACGGGGUACGAGAACUGCGCCGACUACGUUGCGAAGAACCCUGACGAUUUCGCCGAAGCAUUUUGGAAAGUCAAAGGCAUUGAUAUUUAUCAGUUCGCAUUGAACGGCACGCGGAAUGCAGCUAGACACACUAAGAAGCUGCUGCACGGAGCACGACACCAUCACUGA